CUCAUAAUGUCGGGGACACCCACUUCAGCUGUCAACUGAAAUCUACAGGAUUCGCGUGGAAUUAUGCUGUGUCUCUUAAGCAGAACAGCGGCAAGGACGGGCCUGGUGAAACAUUGCCGUCUACUGAGUCCCAUACCAGUUGUCCAAAUUUCUGACCGGUCGCUGUUACAUCAAGAAAGUCUGCCAAAGCUACCCGUUCCUCCACUGAAGCAAACAUGUUCUCGAUAUCUGGCCUUGCUCGAACCACUAAUCAGUGAGGAGGAGAUGGCACACACAUGCAAGCUCAUGGACGAAUUUCUACAACCUGGUGGUGUAGGAGAGAGACUUCAAAAGAGUUUGGAGAGACGGGCGCGCAAAACUGAAAACUGGCUCUCUGACUGGUGGAUGCAGUCUGCCUACCUGGAUUCUCGAAUGCCUGUGGUAGUGUACUCAAGUCCAGGGGUUGUUUUACCCAAAAUGCACUUUCAAGAUCGUCAAGGACAAAUGAGGUUUGCUGCUAAACUAAUUGCUGGGGUUUUGGAUUUCAAAAAAUUGAUAGAUAGUAAAACAUUGCCUGUGGAAUAUCUGGGUGGCAAGCCUUUGUGCAUGGACCAGUAUUACCAGGUGCUCUCUUCAUGUCGGAUCCCUGGACCCAAGAGGGACAGUGUGGUAAACUAUGCUACUGGAAAGACCCCGUCUACGCAUAUUACAGUGGUUCACAACUUUCAGUUCUUUGUUUUGGAUGUGUACAACAGUGAUGGUUCACCACUGACUGUUGAUCAGAUCUAUGUUCAACUGGAAAAGAUCUGGAACACUUCCCUUCAGACCAAUAAAGAGCCUGUUGGCAUCCUGACCUCAAACCACCGUAACACCUGGGGCAAGGCUUACAACAACCUUAUCAAGGACAAGACAAAUAAGGAGUCGGUACGGGCAAUCCAGAAGAGUAUCUUCACAGUGUCUCUUGAUGCUCCGAUGCCACGUGUGUCAGAUGAGAUGUACCAUAAUAAGGUUGCAGCUCAAAUGCUCCAUGGUGGAGGCAGUCGCUGGAACAGUGGUAACCGUUGGUUUGACAAAACUCUGCAGUUCAUAGUUGGGGAGGACGGAUCAUGUGGACUCACCUAUGAACAUGCGCCAGCCGAGGGACCUCCUAUUGUUUUCUUGGUGGAUCAUGUUGUUGACUAUAUGAAGAGAACUGAGAUGGUGAGAACUCCCAUGAUUCCACUUCCUAUGCCAUUAAAGCUUCGAUUUAACAUCACGCCAGAAAUCAAGAAGGACAUUGAGAAAGCCAAACAGAACAUGAACAUCAUGGUCCAUGACCUAGAUGUUCGAGUGCUCAACUUUUCACAAUAUGGAAGAAAGUUCCCAAAGUCUCAUAAACUGAGUCCUGAUGCAUUCAUUCAAAUGGCACUGCAGUUGGCAUAUUACAGGAUGUAUGAGACAUGCUGUCCAUCCUACGAGAGUGCAUCUUUACGCAUGUUUAAACUGGGCAGAACAGAAGCCAUUCGAUCCACCACCACAGAAUCGUUGCAGUUCACAAAAGCCAUGGAUGAUCCAUCAAAAAAUAAUAUUGAGAAAGCAGCACUGCUCAAAAAUGCGAUUAAAGUCCACAGAGAGCUCACAUACAUGGCCAUCCAUGGGCAGGCUAUAGACAGGCACAUGUUGGGCCUAAAGAUGGUGGCCAUUGAGGAUCUGACAUCUUUACCCGAGAUUUUCAUGGACACAUCAUUUGCUGUGGCUUCACAUUUUAACCUCUACACAAGUCAGGUUGGAUCAAAGACUGACUGCGUAAUGUGUUUUGGACCCAUGGUUCCUGAUGGUUAUGGUGUCUGUUACAAUCCUAUGGAUGAUCAUAUCAACUUUGCUGUGACUGCUUUCAAUAGCUGUGAAGAAACCAAUGCCACUAAAUUGUCCACGUUUCUAACGGAUGCACUUCUGGACAUGAAGAAUCUUCUAGACCAGGUGACUAAGGACCAGUGAGUGAUGACACAGCUGUAAUGGCAAAAUAAACGUUCGCACAAGCGUUUCAGACUGAAGGCUUUUCAAUGUAUUUGAACUGACAUCUACAGUAUUGAUGGUUUGAUUUCUGUUUCAUAUCUGUUACUGUGGUGUGUUAUUUUGUUACUUCUGUAUGCGACUUAGAAAACUAUUCUGAAAUUGUUUACAUUGGACACAAGCAGUGUGAUAAGACUGCAGAUAAUGGAACCUAUCAACAGAGAUUCCGCUGGGACUGGUUGAAGGGCAACACAAUUUAACAAUAAGCAUAAACUGAUGCCUUAUGCUGUUUAUGAUAUUAAGACUAAGGAAAAUUUGCAAGAGGUUCUUUGUCGUGUUCAGUGCUGAUAGCUUGUAACUAUCAAUUGACCAGCAUAUUAGUUUGCUUACCUUGAAAUUUGAACUGUUUGAUCUGGUGUUUUAAUUUUUUUGCUCUGUUUAAAUCUAAAUUUAGAAUGUUUAUUUUGCCAGCAAAUAUCGUUUUUCUUUAGGUGAACAAUUAAUUAAUGCAGGUUAAUCCAAUAAAAAAAGUCUUUGUUGGUA